GCGAAAGCAGAGGCUUAAGGAGCUACUGGGGGGAGAUUGGGAGCAAGCAGGCCAAGGCCUGGCUGGGGCUUGGGGGGACGACACAUGGAGCGGUCCCAGUCCCAGCAGCAUGGAGGUGAACAAAACUGGUGGGGCAGUGCCCCCCAGUACCAGUACAUACCCUUCGAACACUGUACCAGCUAUGGACUGCCCUCAGAGAAUGGGGGGCUUCAGCACCGGCCGAGAAAGGACAUGGGUCCGAGGCACAAUGCCCACCCAACACAGAUAUAUGGCCAUCACAGAGAGCAAUAUUCGUAUAAGGAACGUGACAAGGACAUGCCCAAAAAGAUGGGCUCCAGUUCUACCUUGGACAGCUUGGAUGAGGACCACUAUUCUAAAUGUCAAGAUUGUAUCCGCCGCCUGGAACGUGUGGUCAGAAGAAAGCUGGGGGAAGACUGGAUCUUCCUUGUGCUCCUGGGCCUACUGAUGGCUCUAGUCAGCUGGUGCAUGGACUAUGUUAGUGCCAAGAGCCUUCAGGCCUACAAGUGGACCUAUGCCCAGAUGCAGCCCAGCCUCCCUCUGCAGUACCUGGCCUGGGUCACCUUCCCACUUAUCCUCAUCCUCUUCAGCGCUUUGUUUUGCCAGCUCAUCUCACCCCAGGCUGUGGGCUCUGGAAUCCCUGAGAUGAAGACAAUUCUUCGUGGUGUUGUCUUGAAGGAGUACCUCACAAUCAAGGCCUUCGUAGCCAAGGUGGUGGCCUUGACCGCUGGGCUGGGCAGUGGCAUCCCUGUGGGGAAAGAGGGUCCCUUUGUUCACAUUGCCAGUAUCUGUGCUGCUGUCCUCAGCAAGUUUAUGUCCAUGUUCUGUGGUGUCUAUGAGCAGCCAUACUAUUACACUGACAUCCUGACAGUGGGCUGUGCCGUGGGGGUCGGCUGCUGUUUUGGAACACCACUUGGAGGAGUGCUGUUUAGCAUCGAGGUCACCUCUACCUACUUUGCUGUUCGGAAUUACUGGCGAGGCUUCUUUGCAGCCACAUUCAGUGCCUUUGUGUUCCGUGUCCUGGCGGUGUGGAACAAAGACGCUGUUACCAUUACUGCUCUGUUCAGAACUAAUUUCCGAAUGGAUUUCCCCUUUGACCUGAAGGAACUCCCAGCGUUUGCUGUCAUUGGGAUUUGCUGCGGAUUCUUGGGAGCUGUUUUCGUUUAUCUGCAUCGCCAAGUCAUGCUCGGUGUCCGAAAGCACAAGGCUCUCAGCCAAUUUCUUGCUAAGCACCGCCUGCUAUAUCCUGGAAUUGUUACCUUUGUCAUCGCCUCACUCACCUUUCCUCCAGGAAUGGGUCAAUUCAUGGCUGGAGAGCUGAUGCCCCGUGAAGCCAUCAGUACCCUGUUUGACAACAACACAUGGGUAAAGCACAUAGGUGACCCCAAAAGCCUGGGUCAGUCAGCUGUGUGGAUUCACCCCCAGGUCAACGUAGUCAUCAUCAUCCUUCUCUUCUUCAUCAUGAAGUUUUGGAUGUCCAUUGUGGCUACCACUAUGCCCAUCCCCUGCGGAGGCUUCAUGCCUGUCUUUGUGCUCGGAGCUGCAUUUGGAAGGCUGAUAGGAGAGAUUAUGGCCAUGUUAUUCCCUGAGGGUGUCGUAUUUGAUGACAUCAUCUACAAGAUCUUACCUGGGGGCUAUGCAGUAAUUGGAGCAGCAGCUUUGACAGGGGCUGUCUCCCACACAGUCUCCACUGCUGUGAUUUGCUUCGAAUUAACUGGUCAGAUUGCUCACAUCCUGCCCAUGAUGGUGGCUGUUAUCUUGGCCAACAUGGUGGCUCAGAGCCUGCAGCCUUCCCUCUAUGACAGCAUCAUUCAGGUCAAGAAGCUUCCCUAUUUGCCUGACCUUGGUUGGAACCAGCUCAGUAAAUUUACAAUCUUUGUCGAGGAUAUCAUGGUACGUGAUGUGAAGUUUGUCUCAGCUUCUUGCACGUACGGAGAACUGAGAAACCUACUCCAGACCACCACAGUCAAGACUUUACCAUUGGUUGAUUCCAAAGAUUCAAUGAUCCUGCUGGGCUCUGUGGAACGCUCAGAACUACAGUCCCUCCUGCAGCGCCACCUGUGUGCUGAGAGGAGGUUGAAGGCUGCCCAGGACAUGGCUCGCAAGUUAUCAGAGCUGCCCUAUGAUGGCAAGUCGCAGCAAGCUGGGGAAUGGCACCCUGGCGGAGGCCGACCUGAGUCCUUCGCCUUUGUAGAUGAAGAUGAAGAUGAGGACCUCUCCAGGAAGACAGAGCUUCCACUACCUCCUCCUCCACUUCUGCCCUUUCCUGCUGCUCCAUCAUACCCUGAAGAGCCUAAUGGACCUCUGCCCAACCACAAACAGCCACCUGAAGUCCCAGACCCUGCAGGUCAAAGAUCUUCCGUCUUUCAGCGCCUGAUGCCCUGCUUACUGGCCAGAGGUCACUCCACAAAGAAGAAAGCAGCCCAGGACUCAACAGACUUAGUGGAUAACAUGUCACCUGAAGAGAUUGAGGCCUGGGAGCAGGAACAGCUGAGCCAGCCUGUGUGCUUUGAUUGCUGUUGCAUCGACCAGUCUCCUUUCCAGCUGGUGGAGCAGACAACGCUGCACAAGACUCAUACACUCUUCUCACUUCUUGGCCUCCAUCUUGCCUAUGUGACCAGCAUGGGGAAGCUCAGAGGUGUCUUGGCACUAGAAGAGCUACAGAAAGCUAUUGAGGGCCACACCAAAUCUGGAGUGCAGCUCCGCCCUCCUCUUGCCAGCUUCCGGAAUACAACAACUCGAAAAAGUCCUGGGGGACCACCCCCUCCUGCAGAGGGCUGGAAUCUGCCUGAGGGUGGAGUUGGGGCUCCUGGAACAGAAGCCAUGAUUCCUACCAUGCCAGAGACUCCUGUACCACCACCAUCUCCAGAGGCCCCUUCUUUCCCGGCCCCAGCCAGAGAGGAGGGGGAGCUAGAGGAACUGGAGCUGGUGGGGAGCCCAGGGCCUGAGGAGGAACUGGCUGACAUCUUGCAUGGCCCCAGCCUGCGGUCCACUGAUGAGGAAGAUGAGGACGAGCUAAUCCUUUAAAGAACCCCCUCUAACCUUUCUUCAUAACAACCAUGGGCCUCAUGCCAGAGAGUGGGC